AUGGCCGGGACACUGUGGCUGUCGUGUCUGCUUUUCCUGCUGGUCUUCGUCCUGGUGGGACUGCAGGGGGAGGUGACGGACACGGGACAGCGACGGGACGAGAGGAACGCCGUCACAGAUCAGCCUCGGAUGCUGUCAGAUAACGGUCACCUCGUCUUCACGACUGGGAACGAUAAGGACAUUCGAUUCAAGACGUCGGCAUCUGGUCGAGUCAAAGUAGGAGAUGAAGACCUCACCCAACUUCUAAGUCAGAUAAAAACCAACAAAGAAGAAAUCGAUGACAUUAAGACUCAUGGAGGUGGAGUUCCUCCUGACAUCACCAACAAACUAAACGAACUAAAUGCAGCGGUCUCCACACUUCAGGGCAAACUGACAGCACUUGAAACGCAAGUCCAGACGACGGCGUGCAACAGUAAUCCCUGCAGGAACGGAGGAACAUGUCUGAACCUACUGAACUCAUUUCACUGUUUGUGUCCUGACAACUGGGCUGGCCAAACCUGUGAAACAGAUGUAAAUGAAUGUCAGGUGUUUUUGGGGACAUUUGAGGGUUGUCAGAAUGGAGCAACUUGUGUCAACAGCCCUGGAUCAUUCACUUGUAGCUGUCCUCCAGAAUGGUCGGGGCCGCUCUGUACGGUACGGUUUGAUGACUGUAGGACUGGAGGACUGGACCUGUGUGCACAUGGCACAUGUGUAGAUAAGGACCGAGUUUCACCUGGGCAGCCUAAAUACGAGUGUAAGUGUGAAAGCGGUUGGGAGGCUCAGCCUGGGACCCUGGCAUGUGUCGCUGAUGUGAAUGAAUGUAACCUUCCCACCAAACCUUGCUCCACCAACCCAGUUGUCUCCUGCUACAACACCCCUGGUUCCUUCUACUGUGGAGCCUGUCCUGCCGGAUGGCAGGGUAAUGGCUACGUGUGUCAGGAUGUGGAUGAAUGCUUAAUCAAUAACGGAGGCUGCUCCACCACUCCCAUGGUGCAAUGCUUGAACACAAUGGGCUCCUUCCACUGCGGACCCUGCCCCCCAGGUUAUGAGGGGGAUGGAAGGACAUGCACCCAGACCAACAUCUGUGCAUCCAAUAACGGCGGCUGCUACCCGUUAGCUACUUGCACUCCCAGCCCAGGCUCCAGUUUCCCCGUCUGUACCUGCCCUCCAGGUUAUGUGGGUAAUGGUUAUGGACCAGCGGGUUGUACCCAGACCUCCAACGUCUGUCAGACCAACAACCCCUGUGUUAACGGGCAGUGUGUGGGAACCAGCUCAUCUCCAGGCUACGUCUGUAACUGUAACGCUGGCUGGGGAGGAGCACACUGUGACCAGAACAUUAAUGAGUGUCAGAGUAACCCCUGUCAGAACGGGGGAACCUGCACCGACGGCCUGAACGGGUUCACAUGUACGUGCACAUCCCAGUGGACGGGGACGCUCUGCCAGACGCCGCAGCAAGAGUGUGGUGGUUCUCUGUCGGGUCCUGCUGGUUCCUUCAGUUUCCCCAACACCCCGGGUCAUGAUGAGUACGACCACUUAGUCAGCUGUGCCUGGGUCAUCCGGACCGAUCCGAACAAGAUCUUGCGUAUUACUUUUCCUUUCUUUCACCUGGAGAGCAGCGCCACCUGCAGUUAUGACUUCCUUCAGGUCCAUGACGGGGACAGUGCCUCUGCGUACAUGAUUGGGAAAUACUGUGGUGAAAAUAACCCACAGGAGCUUUUCAGUUCACACAACAGCCUGUAUUUCUGGUUCCGCUCAGACCACACCAUCAGUGGGGAUGGCUUCACUGUUGUUUGGGAAUCUCAGGACCCAGUUUGUGGAGGUCAGCUGACUGCACCUUACGGUAACAUCAAUUCACCUGGUUACCCCGGAAACUACCCACCCAGCAGGGACUGCUAUUGGUCAGUGACAGUAGAGCCUGGUCUGCUUAUUACCUUUGCAUUCGGGACCCUCAGUCUGGAAACCCACCCCAACUGCAAUUAUGACUACCUAGAGAUUCGUGAUGGACUUCUACCUGAGGACCCAGUUCUGGGAAAGUACUGCAGUACUGGAUCCCCUCCCCCUUUGCAGACAACCGGUCCAGCAGCAUGGAUCCACUUUCACUCUGACAUCACUAUCUCUGAUCGAGGCUUCCACAUUACGUACACAACAUCACCAAGUGAUGCUGGUUGUGGUGGAACCUUCACUGACACCGAGGGCGUCAUCAUUUCUCCCAACUGGCCGAACGACUACGCUCACAACCGUCAGUGUAUCUAUUUGAUCAGGUUACCGGCUGGCGAGAAGGUGGCGCUCAAUUUUACCAACAUGAACCUGGAGAGUCACAGCAGCUGCGCAUUUGACUAUGUAGAGGUUCGAGACGGCCGUACGGAGACGGAUGCUCUGAUUGGAAGGUACUGUGGCACUUCCCUCCCUGGUCCCAUUCGCUCAUCUUCAAACUACCUGUGGAUUCGCUUCAGGUCUGACAGCUCGGUCAGCAGAGGUGGUUUCAGAGCCGUCUACAGCCUCGCAUGUGGCGGUAUGUUGUCUGGGACGGGCCAGUUCCACUCGCCCCUCCACCCCAACCCUUAUCCACACAACAAAGUCUGUGAGUGGGUCAUCAACCAGCCACAGGGCUACGUGGUCACGCUAAACUUCCUGUCCUUCGAUAUUGAAGGAGGGUCCUGCCGGUUUGACUUUGUUGAGGUAAGAGAUGGUUCUACGUCGAGCUCUCCUCUGCUGGGGACAUUCUGUGGUGGUGGGAUCCCCCCCAGACUGCAGUCCAGCCAGAGGUCCAUGUACGUUCGCUUUAAGACCGACUCCUCUGUCAGCAACCAUGGCUUUGAAGCAGCCUAUAGCUCAGCUUUGGAAGGCUGUGGUGCUACCAUGACCAGUCCUUCCGGAACCAUCACGAGCCCAGGCCACCCCACCACUUACCCCCAUGGUGCCAACUGUACCUGGUUCAUUAAUGUCAGUCCAGGAAACCUCAUCAGGCUGUCGUUUGACUCCUUUAAUCUGGAAUACCACUCCAACUGUAACUUUGACUAUGUGGAGAUCUAUGACAACGGUACGGUGCAAAGUGGACGACUGAUCGGAAGAUACUGUGGGAACUCAGUGCCUCCUUCCAUCACCAGUACUGACAACCUACUGACGCUGCUGUUUGUAUCAGACUCCAGUUUAGCGGUGGAAGGAUUCUCCGCCACGUACGUCUCCAUCAAUGCCACUACAGACUGUAGUGAGACCUUCACCUCCUCUACGGGGAUGUUCUUUUCACCCAACUACCCCGACUACUACCCCAAUAACAGAGACUGCAUCUUCAAGAUCACUGUGCAGGUCAACAUGCAGAUUCUGUUGAACUUCACCGACUUUAACCUGGAGGGCACCGCUCCUGCCUGCACCUACGACUUUGUGGAGAUCAGGGAUGGUGGAUAUGACACGUCUCCACUGAUUGGAAAGUUCUGUGGUGAUCAAAGUCCUCCAGUCCUGGUGUCUCAUAGCAACCGUCUGUGGGUUCGAUUCCGCUCUGAUUCCACCGUCACACGUCGUGGCUUCACUGCUCACUGGGACGGAAGCAGAACCGGCUGUGGAGGAAUAAUGACCACUGCGUCUGGGGAGUUCUCCUCUCCUAACUACCCUCUCUCGUACCACCCGAAUGCUGAGUGCUACUGGACCAUCCGGACCAGUCAGGGGAGCCAGCUCCUCCUGUCCUUCUCUGAUUUCCACCUGGAGGCCAGCUCCUCUUGUGCUUAUGAUUACCUGGCUGUGUAUGACGGUAACAGCAGCAGUUCCACAGAGCUGGUCAGGUUGUGUGGGAACCAGGUUCCCAGCCCCAUCCACUCAUCCACCAAUCAGCUGUUUGUCAAACUGCGCACCGACAGCAGCGUGAGCGCUGGAGGCUUUCUGGCAUCGUACACAUCUGACUGCAAUGGCACGGUCAUCUCAAACCGUCAUAACGGAAUCGUAGAGUCCUUGAACUAUCCCAACAACUAUCCACUCAACUCCAUGUGCAGCUGGACGUUCCAGGCCACCAGUGGAAACACCAUCAACUACACCUUCACCGCCUUCCAGCUGGAGGCCACGUCCAGCCAGUGCAGCUACGACUACGUCAAGCUCUAUAAUGGCCCUAAUAACCAGGCUCCUCUGAUUGGUACAUUCUGUGGGUACUCGCCGCCCCCUCCUGGUGGGACCACUGGCUCCGCCCUCACCCUGGUGUUCCGAUCAGACUCUUCUGUGUCCAUGCCUGGAUUCCAGAUGAUGUGGUACCAGAACGGUUGUGGUGGUGAACUGUCUGGACCAACAGGCUCCUUCAACAGUCCAGGGUAUCCAGACAGGUAUCCAGAAAACAGGGAGUGUAUCUGGUAUAUUCACACCUCUGGGGGCAGCAGCAUCACCCUCAACAUCCAUGAAUUUGAUGUGGAGUUCCACCAAGACUGCAACUAUGACGUCCUAGAGGUGUAUGGAGGCCCAGACCUCAUGGCCCCUCAGCUGGCCAAACUCUGCAGCACCACAUCCAGUCCAAUGCAGGUCUCCAGCACCGGUAACAUGAUGACCGUACGCUUCAAGUCCGACGCCUACGUCAGCGGUCGAGGUUUCAACGCAAGCUGGACUGAAGUUCAGGGAGGCUGUGGAGGUCCAGUCACUGCUCCAUCAGGGGAGAUCCACUCCCCUCUGUAUCCCAACAGCUACCCCAACAACGUGGACUGUUCCUGGGUCAUCAGUGUGGAUCCAAACCACCGUCUGUCUCUCAACUUCUCUGACCUGGACAUUGAACAGCACAGCAGCUGCUCCUGGGACUAUGUGGCGAUCUAUGACGGUCCAACUGCUUCUUCUCCUCUCCUUGCUCGUGUAUGUGGUAGUACUCCUCCUCCUCUCAUCGCCUCCACCCAGAACACCAUCUACGUUCGCUUUAGGUCUGACUCCAGCCGCAGCCAUCGUGGGUUUAGCGCUUACUUUACUGAAACUUGUGGUGCAACCAUAAUGACAGAUAAUGUGGGCGGGGCUAUCGCAUCACCACGGUACCCCAGACCAUACCCACCCAAUCAGAACUGUAGUUGGAUCAUCAGAGCACAGGAACCAUUCAACCAUGUGACCCUGUCCUUCACUGACUUUGAGUUAGAAAUGGUCAACUCUAACUGUUCCCAUGACGCCGUGGAGCUCUUGGAUGGAGACAACUACCAGGCUCCUUCUAUAGGGCGGUUCUGUGGAUUUGACGUUCCUCACCCGGUGACGUCCUUCAGUAACGCUCUGGUGGUCAACUUUGUCUCAGAUCUUUCUGUCUCCAGUAAAGGCUUCAGAGCCACCUACUCUGCAUCCACUUCCAGCUGUGGAGGUGACCUGGUGAUGGAGAGUGGGGCUUUCAACAGUCCCAACUACCCAGGAGCGUAUCCACCUAAUGUGGAGUGUGUGUGGACCAUAAGAAGCUCACCAGGAAACCGGCUCCAGCUCUCAUUCAUUGUCUUCCACCUACAGGGAGACGCCGCCUGUAACAACGACUACGUAGAAAUCAGGGAGGGCAACUCCACCGGCAACCUGGUCGGCCGUUUCUGUGGAGCGUCGCUGCCGUCCAACUACACGUCUGUAACCGGUCACAUCUUAUGGGUGAAGUUUGUCUCAGACGCGUCCAUCAGUGGACAGGGCUUCAGAGCGGCCUUCUCCCACUUGUACGGUAAUGAUGUCACAGGAGAGGCGGGUCAGAUAGCAUCACCGCUGUAUCCACGAACAUACCCUAACAACGCCCACUACCACUGGACCAUCACUGUGGACGGAGGAAAGUACGUCCAGAUUCGUUUCUUGGACAUGGACGUGGAGGACCUUUCCAACUGUUACUAUGACAACCUUAAAGUCUUCGACGGCCCCACUGUUCAUUACUUUCCCCUGGGGACAUUCUGUGGUUUGACCCUGCCCCCCCCCUUAAGGAGCUCUGGCAGUACCGUCACAUUACAGUUUCAGUCCGAUUCCAUUGUCGGAGGACAAGGUUUCCUGGUGGAAUGGACCGCCGUGCAGGACUCCGGACCCCCACCCACCAUCGCACCAGGUGCUUGUGGUGGAAUGCUAAUGACAGGAGAGAGCCCUCAGUUCGUCUUCUCCCCUGGUUGGCCUGAAAACUACCCCCCCAACCAGGAGUGUACCUGGUUGAUUCAUUCUCCACAGUCUACCAUAGAGUUCAACCUGCUGUCUCUGGACAUGGAGGACUACCCCACCUGCUACUUUGACAGUCUGGUGAUCAGAGAUGGAGCCACCAGUGUGUCCCCUGUGCUGGCCAGUGUGUGUGGUCGUGAACUUCCUGGUUCUCUCCACUCCACUGGGGACUCCAUGUACAUCCACUUCUCCUCAGACAGCAGCGUCAGCGGCCGAGGCUUUAAUGCUUCGUACUCCAAAGGGUGUGGGGGUUUCCUGCAUACAGACAGGGGUGUGCUGAGCAGCCCCCACUACCCGCAGAACUACAAUCCACAUCUGGACUGUAACUGGCAUGUGAUGGUGACGCCUGGGUUCCGGGUUUCUGUCACUUUCCUGAGCCCCUUCCAGAUUCAAGGCUACGGCACCGAAUGCAGCUCAGGAGAUUACCUGGAGCUCCGUAAUGGUCCUGAUGCUUCUUCUCCACCCCUGGGUCCACGUCUCUGUGGUACCAGUACCCCAUCGGUCCUCCAGACCAGCGAUAACCACCUCUACAUUCGCUUUGUGUCUGAUGACUCCAACGAAGGCAGCGGAUUUAAGAUGUCCUUUGAAGCUCACAGUCAAGCAUGUGGAGGCCACAUUAUGCUGAACAAUAAUGAUGUACCAGGAUAUAUCACCUCACCCAACUACCCCCAGAACUACCCCCAGAACAUUGACUGUACAUGGGUCAUUUCGGUGCCCAAUGGAGAAGCCGUGCAAAUUGACUUUGAGGAUGAAUUCUACAUUGAACCCACAUCGAGCUGUCUAUAUGAUUACCUGGAGCUGCGUGAUGGCUCAACAUCCAAUGCUGCUUUAAUUUCUCGGCUCUGUGGAAACACCCGCCCGUCAACUCAGCGGUCCACAGCGUCCUCCAUGCUGCUGAGGUUUCGCACCGACACCAGUGUUACACACAAAGGCUUCAAAGCAAAGUAUUCUAUAGCGACAUGUGGAGGUACUUACAUCGGCCAGAGUGGGACGCUUCACAGCCCCGGGUUCCCCUCCUCCAACUACCCUGACAGUUCUGUGUGUGAGUGGUACCUGGAGGGGCCCACCGGACACUACCUCACCCUGACCUACAGCAGCUUCAGCCUGCAGGACACUCCAGGCUGCAGCGCAGACUAUGUGGAGAUCAGAGAGUACAACGCCUCAGGACGCCUGCUCGGUCGACACUGUGGUAACAGUCUGCCUGUCGCCAUGGAUACGUCCGAUAGUUUUGCAUAUGUCAAGUUUGUUAGUGACACCAGUGUAAACGCACCUGGAUUCAGUCUGUCAUAUGAAGCAAGUGUGGAAGCCUGUGGAGGAGCAUUAAACAGUCCCACAGGAACCAUCUCCUCUCCAAAUUAUCCUAAUUUAUACCCCCACAGCCGUGUGUGUCGCUGGGAGGUGACGGUGUCCCCAGGGCGCCGGGUCACCCUCACCAUUAACGACCUCCGACUGGAAGGUUCUGGAACCUCCUGUGCCUUUGACUAUGUGGAUGUUUUUAAUGGUUUGGCGGCCGAUGCCCCUCAUCUGCAGCGUUUCUGUGGUACAGUACCAGCCGGUACCCAGGUCCGCUCCUCUGGAAACACCAUGACCAUCGUCUUCAGAACCGACGCUUCGGUGUCCAACGGUGGAUUCACAGCCUCGUAUUCAUCUGAGGAGCCGGCAGUGUGCGGUGGAAUCCUAAACAAUCUGCUGGGAGGAAACAUCACUUCACCUGGUUACUUGGUUUCCAAUUAUAGCAACAAUCUCAACUGUGAGUGGAUCAUCCAGAACCCCCAUCAUGUCAAUUCCUCCAUUGUGGUGCUGAUAGAAGACCUCCACCUGCAGAACCACCAGACGUGUGACUCAGACUACCUCCAGUUCCGUUUAGGUGACUCAGAUGGAGAACUGUUGGCCAAGUUCUGCGGUCAGACCACACCCAGAAUCCCCAUCGUGGUCUUUACUCCGGAGCUCUGGGUCCAUUUCCAAACUGAUGCCAACCAGGGAGACUUGGGUUUCAAGGCCAAAUAUCUGUUUUCUGAGUGUGGAGGAUGGCAGACAGGUGAAGGGGGGAUGCUGUCCAGCCCUAACUACCCCAGCGUCUACCCCAGCCCCAGCCGCUGUGCUUGGCUCCUGGAGGCUCCAGCGGGUCAUACCAUCACAAUAUCCUUCAGUUAUUUCAACCUGGAGGCCCACUCCAGCUGUGGGUGGGACUCUGUGACCAUCUUUAAUGGGGGAUCCCCGGGGUCCCCUGUGAUUGGUCAGUACUGUGGGACCACCUCCCCAGGAACCAUCCAAUCAGGAUCCAAUAAGCUCGCCGUCGUCUUCCUGGCUGACCAUAGCGUGUCUAGAGGAGGCUUUGUGGCGUCCUGGUCAGCUGAUUCAUCAGGCUGUGGAGGAAUAAUCCAUGCUGACACAGGGACAAUCAAAUCUCCCAACUAUCCCCAGAACUUUCCAGCCAAUGUGGAGUGUCUGUGGCGGAUCAUCGCCCAUGAGGGGAGUCACCUGGAGAUGACCUUCAACAGUGACUUCAAUAUUCCAGACAGUUCUGGGACCUGCCAGAGCAGCUAUGUCAAGGUUUGGUCUGGUAGGACUCCAAACACCGACUCGGUUCUGUCCACCGCCUGUGGAUCGGUCGCCCCAGGCCCAGUUGUUGCUCCAUAUAACAUCAUAACUACCCGCUUUCAGGCCACUGGUGCCACUGGGAUGGGAUUCGCAGCUUCCUUCCAGACCAGGUGCGGCGCAAACUUUACAGCUUCCAGCGGUCGUGUUGUUUCUCCAAAUUACCCAGAUGAUUAUCCUCCGAACUCCAACUGCUACUACAGCAUAAACGCUGGAGAACAGGUGGUGGUGCUCCUCACCUUCAGGAGCUUCCAAGUAGAAGCUCACUCCACCUGCCGCUACGACGGCCUGCAGAUCUCUAAUGGGCUCAGUGCUGGUUCUGCUGUGGCCACGCUGUGUGGGAACACUGUUCCAGGACCCUUCUCCACCUUCGGGCCCAUGUUACUGCACUUCUAUUCAGACUCGAUCAUCAGCGACAGUGGCUUCAUGGCUGAAUACAGCGCCAUACCCUGUGGUGGUUUCUUCAACAGCAGUGCCGGUACCGUCCAGAGUCCAGCUCUGUCCAUGACCAACUACCACCACAACAUUAACUGUACCUACCACAUCAUGGUCCGGGCCAACACAGUGGUCGACCUUAAGUUCAACACCUUCCACCUGGAGGCGUCGUCCUCUUGUCGCUAUGAUUUCGUGGCGGUCUAUGACGGAGCAGACACCUCGGCUCCACUGUUGGGGAAGUUCUGUGGUGCGGCUCUUCCACCGGAUCUGCGCUCUGGCACCAACCAGCUGUUCAUCGUCUUCAGGACGGACGCCUCAGUGAAUGGAAUCGGCUGGAGGGCCACGUACAGCGAGACCCUCGGUCCAGCUCAAGGAUGCGGAGGCCACCUGUCCACGCCCAUGGGCAUGUUCGGGUCUCCAGAUCCGAACCUGGACGGUCGCUAUGAGCCCAGGAUGCACUGCACGUGGACCAUGGAGAUGCCCGUCAACAGAGCCGUCAACCUGAGCUUCAGCUCCUUUGAACUGGAGCCGUCCUCUACCUGCCGCUACGACUACGUCAAGGUUUAUGACGGUGAUAAUAUUCAUUUUCCUCUGGUGGGGACGUUCUGUGGAAGCUCCGCCCCCGGUCACUACGUAUCCAGUGGGAACUUCCUGACUGUUGUUUUCGUCACUGACAGCUCAGUACAGAAACGAGGCUUUAACGCCACCUACAGGGCUGUGCCAAGGGUCUGCGGUGGGACUCUGAACGCCACCGACGCGGUCCAGACCCUGACCUCGCCGUACUUCCCCCUGGCCUAUCCUCCGUUCACUUCCUGUCUCUGGAUCCUGGACGCUCCGGUCCAGGAAACCGUCAAAGUGUCUGUGCAGACGUUUGUUCUGCAGCCGAGUCAGAGCUGUUCUACAGACUACCUGGAGAUGAAGGACUGGCCUCUGGGGGACUACGGACAGUCUCAUAAGUUCUGUCCAUCUGACGGACGUCCACCAGACUUCUACAGCUACGGCAGGACCGUCCUUCUGUAUUUCAAAUCUCAGACCUACAUGGAAGGAAACGGCCUCAGUUUCACAUAUCAAAUAGCUGGCUGUAGUCGGACGUACGAACAGGAUUAUGGGUACUUGAAGAGUCCGGGUUGGCCUGACAUCUACCCACACAACAUGGACUGCACCAUCGUCCUCAGAGCCCCACAGAACAGCUACAUUUCCUUCUUCUUCAACAACUUUAAUGUGGAGAGUCACAGCAGCUGCAGUUUUGACUAUUUGGAGGUUCGUAACGGCAGCACAGCAGAUUCCCCGCUGUUAGGGAAGUUCUGUGGCAGCGCCCUGCCCCACCCCAUCUUCCCCCAGUCCAACCUGCUGUAUUUACGCUUCAAGAGCGACUUCAGCCAGGCCUUGGACGGCUUCGACGCCACGUGGACGUCCUCACCUCAAGGUCGGAUUAAGGAGGUGGUGUUGGAGGCUCAGGUUACUGUGAAGUCUGCAGCCGACAGAGGCGGCGGCGUCCCAGAGUACACUAUGGACCUCAGAGAACAUAUACCGCUCCACGACAGUAAAUUGGUGAAAAAAACAGACGUGUUAUUGAAGGCCAACGGUGUGGUCCAGAAGGUGUUUUUCCACAUGUUCCCUCCAGGCAGCGGUCAUCGUCUUCAGGUCAGCUAG